GCAACUUGUGCGGCCACCUGUUUCAAGGGGGGGGUCCUCGAAGGCCGCGCGUCAUUUCACGCAGUCGAACUUCUGCAAGGUUGGGGGGAUGAGAGUUCUCGCGGAACUCUGGAACGACACGGACUACACAUUCGUGUCAUUCACUGCUCAGCAGGUGCAGAGGUGGAUGGCAGAUGAGGGCAUACGGGACACGAGAGCGCCCGCGGGUGGCCAGAGACAGCGGAUGGACGACGCAGAGAGGGACAAGAUUCAGGACGCCCUUGAUGAGGAGGAGGGCCGCGAGGGUGGGGCCAGUGAGGAGGCGGUUGCAGACGAGGCAGUCGGAGAGCCUAACCUGCCAGGGGAGGAGGUGGUGAUGACGUCGAGAGGCGUCGGUCGAGCGGGUCCUGCUACUAGGGCGCCGCGACCUGAKUUGGAGCGAGCGAGGAGGGAGAAGAGGUCAGUGGGGGAGGCUCGCGUYGAGGCACCAGACACGGGCAGGGAGAAGAGGGCUCGGSAGACCAUGAUUGACGAGAUGUACGCCAGGGAGAAGUUGGCCGAGUUCUCAGACGCGUGGCUUCAGUGGAUCUACGUGAAGAAGUUGCCAUUCAACGCCUUCCGUGGUCGGGAGUUCCAGAGGGUGCGGCAAGCAGMAGAGAGAGUGCCUCGCUCUAUCCAGUUCCGGUUUCCCUCCUACAGRUUACARCGGGCGCCGGUAUCCCUUYGCAGAGGGSGAAGCAGAGUGACAAAGCUGCGACCGUGGCCGGAGGGUGGGGAUGAUGUGGACGCUGCUGCAGCAGACGACGACAUCGACGACGGCUGGACCGACGAUGAUGACAUGCCGCUGAGUCGCGACCCAACGGCUGAGCGAGUGUACUUCACUCACGGGGGGGGUCGUGACGGCAUGGAUUCAUUCACAUCAGUUAUCACUGGUGAUGUGCCGUCGACCGCGCAGGCGAGUGGCAGCAGCAGAGCCGGCGGUGGUCAUGGAGGACGUUCGCAUGCGGAAGUUCGCGUGGAUGACUCGGGGGAGCAGCAGCCACGGGGAGGUCUUCGGCAGACAGGCAGGCGUUGGGAGGACUUCGACGUCGUAGGGCUUGGCGGGAGCAUGGGAGAUUUCAGUGUCGAGGGACGGCGACGUGCCUCACCGCAGGAGGUGCGCCCAGACACGGGCGUUGAGMGGGACCCUGUUGAGACUGAGGAGGAGAGGGAUGUCYGUUUGGACCRAGAGGAGGAGGAGCGCUUGGGGAGGUUGCCACAGUGGGAGGGUCGGUUCAYRUAUCUCGACGAGCAGCGUYUGCAGAGGGACUUGGAGACAGGACGGGGGGGGAGCCGUGACGUGGMCGACUCGGGUGUCCCUGAGGAGGCGGUUCAGGGGGAGUUCGAUUAUGAGGGGCAGGAUGCCGCUGCGGGUGGUGGGUCAGGUGGUGGACGACACGGCGACGAGGAGACCGCGGGUAUCCCUGAGGGGCAGGAUGUUGUCAUGGGCGGUGGGUCCCCUAGUGGGGGCCGUGGCGACAGCGAGACCGCGGGUGAUGAGGGACAGGGUGCCGCAGUGUGUGGCARAGGAGAGGGUGGACCCGRUGGAGAUGAGGAUACCGCGGGUGUCGGUGGAGACGAUGGACCGGACRACGACAAUGACGAUGACCACGGUCCCGAGGACGAUCCGUAUGGGCWSGCCUUGGUGUUGAGGGACCCCACAGUGCCUCCCUUGCGCACUGAGGACAYARCACACACUUUCUUCGACGUCGACGCUUUGGCGCAAGCGUUGAUGGAUGACCCUUUCGCACACGUGAGCCGCAAGAGCGGCAAGCAGCGGGCCCCUGGGAGGGUAUAUUCACCGCCGCCGUUCGUGGUGCAGAGCCCUCACUGGUCAGGUUCGUCGCUCAGCGGCGUGAGAGGGAGGGAGUCCGGUGCRGGUGAGGUGGGGUCCGGCAGACGCAGCGACGGCGGUAGAGAUAGUGCAGGAUCGAUKCCUCCACYGCCCGCAUGGACUCCGGAGGCCAGGGUCAACACCGGGGAYGGGACGGAGGCACCCGGAGUUGCGCACAGUGGCGGUUCCCCGCCGACAGUCCCAGGUGGUGUGGGUGGCGGAUGGUCAGCUGYUCGUCAGGUCGGGGACCGAUUGCGGGCGGAYUACGACGCCGGGAGGGGCGUCUUCACGGGACGUACGGCUGUUGAGACGCAGGCUACGGAGGAUGCGACAUAGGGAUGAUGCGCUAAUGAAUGUGUUCUUACAUAAAUGAUGUGCUAAUGAAUGUCCAUUAGUCUC